AGCACGACCAAGACUUGGAGGCGGGCUGUUCUUUUUCACACUUGUAUUUAUCAAUACAUCCAAUAUAAUUCAGAAAACACAGACAUUCUCUUCACUGCCGGACCUUUACCCCUCUCAUGUUUCUUCUUCUUCUGACUGGCUUGUGGCUGGCUGUACCUCAACUUUCAUUCAAGGAUCCAGCUGCAGUUGCUCUGUGCAAUGAACAGAAGCUAGUGAAAGAACCAGAGGAGCCUGUGAAUCUUUGGAAAAAUGAUAGCUCACGCCUCAGCGAGAAUGCGUCGGAUGAAAGAGGCUCUAGCACAAACAGUCUUCAUCCUUUCAUUAAUCAUUCCAUCUGCCAAUCCUGAAUCCUUUGACAACAUUUCUUUCGAUUUCCCGGCUUUUCAAUUGAAGGAUCCGAGAAUAACCUUUGAGGGCAAUGCCACCGCACUGAACUCCAUCAUCCAACUCACUCUAAGUGCGCCAUUGGAGGGAAACACAGGCUUAGUUGGCCGAGCAACAUAUUAUCAACCCAUGCACCUGUGGGAUAGUUCAACAGGGAAUGUGGCAAAUUUUGCCAGCCAAUUUACUUUCGCUAUCAAUUCUCAUAUGAGUGACUCCCAUGCUGAUGGAUUGGUUUUCUUUCUCGCUCCCAAUGGAUCGCAGAUCCCUGAACUCUCAGGUGGAAGCUUGCUAGGCCUCACAAGUUGGAACCCAAACUCUGCCAACUCUAGUACUCCAUUUGUUGCGGUAGAGUUUGAUACAUUCUAUGACCAUUCCACAAAUCUGUGGGAUCCGCUAUGUGAUCAUGUUGGUAUCGACGUAAACAGCCUGGCUUCUGUCAAUGAAACUUGCGUCUCAUGGAUGGAUUACAGCAUAUUGCACGGUAAAAAACUCCAUGCUCAGGUCACAUAUGAUUCUAGAGCAAUGAGCUUGAGUGUUCUUUUUGGAGAUGAUGGUGAAAAUUCUACCAGCCUUUACUAUCAGCCAGUCAACCUGACAGAGUACUUGCCGGAAUGGGUGGUUUUCGGUUUCUCGGCAACAACGGGGCAUUUGUUUGAGGCUCAUAGUAUUUUCUCAUGGGAAUUCAACUCUAGUCUACGAAUCCUUGACAAUGUAAAUGGUACAACCAAUUCGCCUCCCAUCCACCGACGAAAAAAGAGUAAGUCCCGGGUGUGGGGGCCUAUCUUAGGCUCAAGCUCGUUGGUGUUUCUUAUCCUUGUUGCAGGAUUUGGCUGGUAUGGUUAUAAGCUAAAAAGGAAUAAAAAUGAUGAAAGUGGAGAAGAAGAUGUUCCUGAGAUUGAUGAAGGAUUUGAACAGUCAAACGGACCCAAGAAGUACCCCUACAAGGUCUUGGCUGUCGCGACUGACAACUUCGCCAAUACCCGGUUGCUCGGGGAAGGGGGUUUUGGAGGAGUGUAUGAAGGCCACCUCGCUGAUGCAAAUGCCCAUGUUGCCAUCAAGAAGAUCAUUCCAGAUUCCAACCAAGGCGUAAAGGAGUACUACGCUGAAGUGAAGACGAUUAGACAUCUCAGGCAUAAAAAUUUAGUGGAGCUCGUCGGCUGGUGUCAUGAGAGAAAUAAUCUCCUCCUCGUGUAUGAGUUCAUGUCUAACGGUAGCUUAGACUCUCAUUUGUACAAAGACAAAGCGCCGCUCACAUGGGACAAGAGGUACAAUAUCGCUCGAGGCAUCGCCUUAGGGAUGAAAUACUUGCACGAGGAUUUGAAACAAUGUGUCGUGCACAGGGAUAUAAAGUCCAGCAAUAUCCUACUUGAUGCACAUUUCGAGGCUAAAUUGGGCGAUUUUGGAUUGGCUCGGACCGUCGACCAUGCCAAAGGGUCGCAAACAACCCUGCUGGCAGGGACCACGGGAUAUUUGGCCCCUGAAUGUAUCUAUACAAGCAAGGCAAGCAAGGAAUCUGAUGUAUAUAGCUUCGGAGUCGUCCUCUUAGAAAUAGCAUGUGGAAGAAAAGCUAUUGAUCCGAGAUCAUCACAAGGCCAAGUCCAACUCGUGGAGUGGGUCUGGGAGCUCUAUGGAAUUGGGAAGCUAUUCGAUGCGGCAGAUCCGAAGUUAGGAGAAAAUUUCGAUGCAAGACAGAUGGAGCGAUUGAUGAUUGUAGGCCUCUGCUGCGCUCAUCCAGACCCUAAGGAACGGCCUCCCAUAAACAAAGCAAUAACCUUUCUGAAUUUCGAUGCUUCGCCACCCAUUCUCCCUCCAAAGCUGCCCAUCCCAACAUAUGUUGUGCCUCCAUCUUCGAUGCCCGAAUCAUCGAAUGUUUCGUCCACCAGCUUCACAAGUAGUUAACCAACGAGCACUUACAGUACCGAACUGUCCGCAUUUAUUGGCUCUUCCAAGAAGUCUUCCUAUUCAUCUUCUUCUGCAUUGCUUCUGAACACAGUGUAAGUUCACCGUUUAUAUGGUUUCUGUAUUGCAAUUAUUCAGUUCUAUGAUUUGUAGCUAUUACGUGUAAACAAGCAGAGCCUUCGUUUCUAGCUUAUGUUCGCUCUCUAUGGUGUUAGAUAUUGAUGGUAGUAUUUGACAUUGAUUUUGAUGUGAAAAUAUGUGUAUGAGUGCUUGUGGGACAACACAGCAGAGGGCGAAAAGGACUAUUGAGAAAGGACCAUAAGCUUAUGGGUUGAAGUUUUUUAUGGUUGGUCCCUGUUGUAUACAUGACCGGACAGUCUUGCCUAUU